GACAACCAAAUCCAGCCAGAAACAGCAACCAACAUUCCCAUGUUUUUUUGCUAGUUGUAUUGAGUGAAUUAGCCAUAUAGUUUUUUCGUACAUUAAUCACGGGUUUUUAUCAACUAUGGGGAGAGAUUAUUAUGCAGCAUUGGAGAUAAAUAGAAAUGCAUCAGAUGGCGAAAUUAAAACCUCAUACCGACGACUUGCCUUGAAGUACCAUCCUCACACAAAUACCGACCCGGGUGCUUAUGAGAAAUUCAAUCAACUGGCCGAGGCCUAUGAUGUUUUGAGUGACCCUCGAAAAAAGGCAAUCUAUGACAAGUUUGGAGAAGAGGGUCUGAAAGGAGGUAUUCCACCGGAAUCUGGGUUGCAUGGUGCUUGGACAUCAGGAUAUGUCUAUCAUGGUAAUCCAAACAAGAUAUUCUAUCAGUUUUUUGGAGGUGACAACCCAUUUGCAGAUUUCCACCUAAAAGACGGUAAUGAAGUGAUCAAUGGGUUUGGAGGCCUUCGUGGAAGUGUGAAAACACAAGACCCCCCCAUUGAGAGAGACCUUCACUUGGCACUGGAAGACCUAUUCUACGGAUGCACCAAAAAGAUAAAAAUAUCCCGUCGGGUCAUGAAUGAUGACGGCCACACAUCCAGUAUAAAGGACAAAAUACUGACCCUUGUAAUCAAACCGGGAUGGAAUGAAGGCACAAGGAUAAAGUUCCCAAAAGAGGGCGAUCAGGGACCGAACAGCAUUCCUGCAGAUGUUGUGUUCAUUGUGCGGCAAAAAAGCCAUCCCCGAUUCAUAAGGCAACACAAUGACCUGAUCUACACAGCCCAGAUCUCUUUGGUGAAGGCUUUGACUGGAUUUGCAGUUGAUAUAGAGACCCUGGAUGGCAGGCUACUCAAUAUCCCUGUCAAUGACAUUGUGCAUCCUAAAUACAGAAAAGUUGUGUCCGGAGAAGGCAUGCCUCUGUCCCAAGAGCCCUCCCAGAGGGGAGACCUCAUAAUCCAGUUUGAAACACACUUCCCUCAGAAGCUUUCCGCUGAAGAGAAAAGCAAUAUCCACAAAGCCCUAACUUCAAAUAAACAAUAAAUUCUGAUUCAA